AUGGCGCUGAAUGGGCUGGAUGCGCAGGCAUUGAAGGAGGCCUUCGAUUAUGCAUGUUCAGAACCAGGAUGGUUCUUAUUAAAAUAUGAAACUCGAGAUGAUAUUGUGCUGCUGGGGAAGGGAGCGUCCGCCGUGAAGGACAUGAGGGAGCUGAUAUCGAGCGAGCCGGACGAUUCACCAAUAUAUGGAUUUAUUCGAUAUCGCCGGAGGAACAUACUGAUCAAACUGGUACCGGAUAAUACAAGUCGAGUACUGAAAGCUCGAUCGCAAGUACACUUUCAAUCCGUGGUCGAACGAUUCUCACCCUGCGACGUUACGGUAUCUUUAAAGUCGUACAAAGAACUUACAGAUGCAGCCCUCACAACGGCCUGUUCGACGCACACGGCAACAGCCUCGAUAUCGUCAUCCUCUAGUUCACUACGCCAAAGACGGCUGACUGAUAUCCAAGAGACGUCCGAGGAAGGGUUUGAGACGCUGGGAGCCGAACCUAAACCGGAGCCGACCACGACGUCUAAGGUUGUAGAAAACCAGCAGGGCUUGCAAGUUAUUGUUACUACGCAUGAUCCGGGUGUAUCUAGCGAUGGGAAAAGAGCGCCAAUUGAGGUGGAAAUAUCAGCGCCCGAACCUAUCAAAGUCGAGCAAGAAGUAGAGGAUUUCCAUGUUCUGGACACGGUGGACGAGCUGGGAUUGACUCGAACGGACUCGUUAAUAAGAGAACGAGAGGACGGCGGGCCGCCACGGAAAUCUACAUCUUCAACGACAGGAAGGCCGACUGCAGAAGACAUAUAUGCAGAACUAGCAUUAAAGUACGCCCCGAAAGUGAAACUGGGGCCGCGUCCAUCCGCGGAUUGGCACAAACGGCCGCAUACAUCGUCGUCGACAGGGUCCGGGCCGGCGAUUGGGGAUAAGGAGACGUCGAAAUCGGGCCCUACGGCAUCGGUACCAAAAAACGUCCACCUUCCGGCUCGAAUUCCCACAAGGAAAGCCAGGUCGGGGAGUCAAAGCUCGAAUCACUCGAAAUUGCAGUUUCAAUUUCAAGCACCGUUCGAGGCUACUGGUGCGGUAGCCAGUAAGAGAAAGGGCUCUCUCCACCACCCCGGCCCCCCACCACCCCUACAAUUUGCUAGCGCAAACAACACAACCACGCCAUCAAACCCUUUCCCUUCUGCACCUUUAUCCCCUACGCCCUCGUUCACAUCCAUUAAAAGUGCCCUGAGUACCAGCAGCCAUUCCGCUGCUGCCUUCUACCUCGCAAACCCCAUUGGUGCAGCUCCUGCAGCAGCUGCAGCCUCUGCCUCUUCUUCUGGAAUUUCUCCUGAAAAGGCGAGGUUGAUGAAGGCUUUGGAAUUGAGGAAGAAGGCGCUAGCGGCAACAUCAGUAACAGGAGCAGGAAUACCGGCAGUAGGGACGACUCCUCAUCAUCAGCCAGGAGCGGAGGAGCAACAGCAUCAGCAACAGCAAGACGCAGCGGAAGCUACUCCGAAAAACAUCACCACCAUCGUUCCCACUUCUUCAUCUUCAACUUCGAAACCCUCCCGUUCAGGGUCAACAAAAUCAACAAAAUCAACCCGAUCCGUAUCGAGAUCAAGGUCCAAAUCAAAAUCAUCAAAGGCUAGAACCACGCCAAUUUCCACGAGCCCUCAUCCUCCUGCCACCACUCAGAUCGGCUCCACUCCCCACGCGAGCUCACCCGACGAGAUGUCUGCCACGCUCACCGAGGCCGGAUCGCCUCCAACAUCCUCAUCUUCCUCUGUCACCCCUUCCGAACCUACGUCUCUCACUAGUUCCGUUCCUGAUACCCCAACACAGGGUACAUAUACGGCAACUUCUGAGCCUACGCCCGUUGAAAACACGCUGCCUUCCCCCACGCAGGCACCUAGUACUUCAACCGAGCACGACUCCCAGAAGAGCUUCUCCGAUGAUCUUGAUAAGGAAUCCGAGUCCUCAUACGGUGUCUCCGACCUCAAUGGCGAGUCCAUCGAAAGCAAUACCAUUACGGAUGACGGAGAGGACCGUAUCACUACCCGACUUCACCCUCCACCUCCUACCCUUCUCCUCCCAACUCCUAAAUCCGCACCCCCUGAAUCACCAAAAACAAAGGAAAAUCCUCAACCCGAAAUAAUCUCGAGAAUUAUCGAAGUAAAGGAGGAACCCAAAAGAGAUGACACUCCACCUCGAUCUCCACUCUUACAUUUAAAUAUGCUCCACCCGAAAACCCCUACCGAUUAUAUUGACAACCAAACGUUGCCAAAAUCCCAUAAUCGGCUCCCGUCGACCGAAGUCCCCGUCAUUGAGACUGCACGGUCGGUCUCGGCUCCCUUCAUGAAUAACCCAGACAAAAAGCCAGUUUUAGUAGCAUCGUCUCGGAAAGUCAGCGUUUCUAGUAGUGUUUCGCAAAGAAUCAAGGCACUUGAAAUGCUUUCCAAAGAUAAACCAGCCGCUGCUUCCCCGCCAGUGAUGCCUCCACAACGCUCACGUCCUUCCUCUCCAACCCCACAGUUCGCGCCCGUUCGUACCAACAGUCUGAAGACUAGUACUAGUUCCCCUAAUCUUUCACCGUUGGUCUCCCCUGGGACUCCUCGCCAGAGAAUAGAUUCACCUUUCCUGUUGAACAAGAAGACCUCUGACGAGCUCAAUGGCAAGUUGCAGGGCCUUCCGACAGGUACCUGGUCGCCGGCCAAGGCGAGAGCGGGUUCAUUCGGAGAAAUUAGUAUUGUUCCACCUAGAAAGGCAUCUAUUGCUUCAGUUAGCAGCCUUAAUAUCACCACUAUCGCAGAACCACCAACGGUUGCACCUAAAAAGGAAGAUAUCCCACCUAAAACUGCUGAUGGCAGCCCAAAGAGCAAGAUAUCACCUUUGCUCCGGCGGAUGUCAUCUUCAAAAGCAAAAAAGACGGCUAGCCCGAUUACACCGAUCACGCCGAUCACCCCUCCCACAACUACACCAGUCUCUGUGGCCCCACCUCCACCACCGCCUCCACCACCAGCCCCAAUCGAAAAGAAGGUCCUUUUGACAGGCUGGGUAAAUGUUCAAUUGCCCAAUACCAUGUUUUGGAAGCGACGAUAUCUUAGAAUCGACUCGGACACAUGGCUGUACCUCACCCUUAGCGCUGAUGAGAACUCCCCACAAACCGGAAAGUAUAAUAUCAAAAAUGAAGUCAUGGCCGCUAUGGUCCCGGAUAUCGAUGAACAAGAGCUGCCUAAUAGUGUAAAUCUUCGCCUCAUUGAGGGUGGGGUCCUUGCAUGUGCUUGCGAGAACGACCAGGAGCUAACCAACAUUCUCAAGGUUGUGAGAUCCUGUAUCGCCUAA